UUUUAAUUUUCAACUAAUAAAGUGUUAAUGUUUUGGAGAUAUUCUCCUCUGUGUUAUUUCGAGUCUUGUUUCUCUAUUGUUGUAAACUUUGGUCUUUGUGGAUUCGACAUUACAAGUGUACCUCAUCCACGUUGCUGCGCAUUUACGGUUUUAACUUAACCGAACCAAAAACCAUGCCUACAUUUGUUAAUUAUUUACUAAUAUAUUUUGCAUAGAAACGGAAUCUGAGCUUAACCUUAAGUCAUACCAAAUAUAUUUAUAAUUUUUUUAAUUCUGACAACCAAUGUUCAUUAUAAAAUUGAACCACUAGUUCUUGUCUUUCUGUAACUACUAAUAUGAUUAACUCCGAUCUUUUACUCGGGGUUCUUAAUUCAUGAUUUAAUAUUUUUCUUUUUAACAUUUUUCGGCUAAGAAACGGUUCUCUUAUUUAAGAGACGGUUCUUAACUUUUUUUAGUUGAGAUUAAUCAUGCCCCAAAGGACAUCUAACUUAUAUUAUUUUAUUACUUACGUUAAGCAGUAGAAUACAUCAUCUCCGAGGAGAUAGCAUUCACUGAACUUAGAUCAAGAAAAAAAAAAGGGAGAAAGCUUCAAUGGAGAAGAGUAAUGGCAGACGAGUGAUAAUGUUUCCACUUCCACUACAAGGCUGCAUCAACCCCAUGAUUCAGCUCGCCAAGAUCCUCCACUCAAGAGGGUUCUCCAUCACUGUCAUCCACACUCGCUUCAACGCGCCGAAAGCUACAAGCCACCCUCUCUUCACCUUCUUAGAGAUCCAAGACGGCUUGUCUGAAACAGAGACAAGAACUGAUGAUAACACUUGGCUCUUCACUCUUCUCAACCGAAGAUGCGAGACUCCGUUUCGUGACUGUUUGACUAACCUUUUGGGAUCUUCAUCAGAUUCAGAAACAGAGAGGAUUAGCUGUUUGAUCCAUGACUCUGGAUGGACCUUCUUCACACGAUCCGUAGCAAAGAGUUUGAAACUCCCGAGAUUGGUUCUCAAUACGUACACAGUCUCCUUCUUUCUCAACCAUUUUGCUCUUCCUAAACUCCGCCGUGAAGUGUCUCUUCUGUCUCAAGAUUCAGAACAAGAUAAUCUAGUUCAGGACUUUCCUCCACUUAGGAAGAAGGAUCUUUUAAGGAUUCUUAAAGAGAAAAGGGAGUACUUAGAACCCUACUUGAAUAUGAUUUUGGAAACGACAAAGUCGUCUUCAGGCAUUAUAUUCAUGUCCUGCGAAGAGUUGGAGCAAGACUCACUAUGCAAAGCACGUGAAGAUUUCAAAGUACCAAUAUUUGCGAUAGGUCCAUCUUAUAGCAACUUUCCAGCUUCGUCUAGUAGCUUGUUCAUACAGGACGAGACUUGCAUUCCAUGGUUAGACAAACAAGAAGACAAAUCCGUAAUUUACGUGAGUUUCGGUAGCCUCAUUUCCAUGACCGGACCAGAGUUAACUGAGAUUGCUUGUGGUCUAAGAAACAGCGGCCAACCAUUCUUGUUGGUUGUUAGGGUUGGUUUGGUCAAAGGUACGGAAUGGAUCGAGGCCAUACCGGAAGAACUCAUGGCAAAGGUUUACGAGAAGGGAAAGAUAGUGAAAUGGGCACCGCAACAAGAGGUUCUAAAGCAUCAGGCCAUAGGAGGAUUCUUGACACACAAUGGCUGGAACUCGACUGUUGAGAGUGUUCGUGAAGGCGUCCCUAUGAUCUGUUUGCCUUGUAUAUGGGACCAAUUCGUAGAUGCAAGACUUGUUAGUGACGUAUGGAGGGUAGGGCUGCAUCUAGAGCAUCGGAUUGAGAGAAAUGAGAUCGAGAGUUCGAUAAGGAGUUUGUUUUCUGGAAAUGAAGGAGAAGCGAUCCGAGAGAGUAUGAGACUUCUCAAGGAGAAAGUUGGAAGAUCGGUUAAAGAAAACGGUUCAGCAUAUCGAUCUUUAGAGAGUUUGAUUGAUCACAUAUCAUAUUUCUAGCUAUAUGUGUUGCUAUGUCUUUGUGUUUUCAAUUAUGUAUCUUGUUUUUUUUUGUCGGCAAAAAUUAAUUAUGUAUCUUGUUAUUAAGUUGUUUUUAAAUUGAGGAAACU